AUUGUAAAUGGGUCAUUGCGAAACCCGGCCCAUAGUUUGAAUGGACCUGUACAAUGAUUUGCUCAAGAAAACUUUAUCCCCAAUCAAACGCUUUAAAAUGAUUCGGGGUAUUACUGAGGAGUGGAUGGAUCCAAGAGAGUCCAGAUUGAUGGAAGAGGCUCAGCGUUCCUCAGAUUUGAAGAGGAGGUCGUAUUCAUCGUCCCGGAUAAAUACUCUUGCACAGAAAGCAAGGUUGGAGCAGGAGCAGGAGCAGGAGCAGGAGUACGUGCGUGUUACGGCUCUGGACCACCCAAACAACCGGAGAGCAGGAGGCUCGAAAACGCCGAUAACGGACUUCACUGAGGGUAGUUUGUCAAACCCUAAGCAGCCUGCUAAGUUGAGGUUGGAGGAGGUGGCUAAGGAGAUCCAGGCUGCAAUGCGGAUGUUUCAGAAGUUACGUGGGGAGUCUUCGUUUCCGAUGGGAUGUAACUUUCAACUCCUGAAGAAUGCAAAGGCGGUGAUUGACAGAGGGGUGAAGUCAAUUUUUAAUUCAGUGAUGCUAAGGCUGCAGGCUGUGGAAGGGGAGAGAGCUUUGGAACGUAUACCAGAUACAGAGAGGCAGUGGAAGGUGACUAUGGAGGUCAGCGGUGUGGAGGAUGCAAAGGUUGCUGCUUUAUAUUGGGGGCGUACUACUUUCCUUUGGAUGUGGACUUGUGCCAAGUUGGAGGAAGCAAAUGGAAAUAGUAAUGCUGCUAUCUCGGGAAGGACUAUUGAGGUGGGUAUGAGGAACUUGCAGACAGAAGGAUUGGUGAUUGACAGGGAAGCUUGGAUGAAGGAGGCUGAGGCUGCUGAGAGAGCAGGGUUUAUGGCAACUUGUAAGAUAAUUCUUCAAAAUAUUAUUGGUGUUGAAGUGGAGGGAGAAGAUGGGAAGAGAAACUGGGUUGCCGAUGCUGAGGAAUGUUUGAAGCAUUGUCCUGAUUGUGUACCUCUUUGGCUUUCUCUUGCCAAUCUUGAAGAGAAAAUGAAAAGAAUAGCCGAAGCUCGUGCUAUUCUCACACGGGCAAGGGAGAAGAAUCCACAUCAGCCUGAACUCUGGCUUGCAACUGUUCACGCUGAGUUAAGGCAUGGCUACAAGAAGGAAGCUGAUAUCUGGAUGGCCUACGGGAAUGUCCAAAUAGUGAUGCUUGCAAGAAUUGUGAACGGGAUGGCCACGUCGUUGCCACCAAGGCCAAGCUUUUCUGGCAGGAUGGAAGUGUAUGUGGACAAGGAUAGAUCAUGGUUCUAUAGAGCAAUGACAGUGGCUCCUGAUAUUGGUGAUAAUUGGGCAAUGUACUACAAAUUUGAACUCGAACAUGGGAGUUAUGAGAAGAACCGAAGGAUAUGUUGCUGCAAAACCAAAGCAUAGUGAGAAUUGGCAAGCAAUUUCAAAAGGCUGUGGGGAACUACAACCAGGCAACCGAAGCAAUCUUGAAGAAUGUUAUGGUUGCACUCUCAGCAAGGAAGGAAGUGAUGCUGCUGUGAAGUAGUGAAAGCUAGGAACUGAUACGUGACAGAUAGAAUUAAUGAAUUUUGGAGCAUAUG